AUGCGUUCCGAACUUAUCUCCAAGGCUCUCGCCAUCGUUUUCUUGGUCGCUGCACCUCUUGCUUCCGCCCAGCCCGUGAAGGGCGGCGGGGUUCAAUUGAGCGCUCGGGAUCUCAUUUCCUAUUUGAAUUUCGCACGAUCCGUAUUCUCUGACGAGGCGGGAGCGGAGUCUUCUAUCGAGAAUGAUGCGUACGGGGAAGUUGAGAGUGACGAUGAGGAGGAAUCCGUUGAGGUUAAGAGAGACACUCCUGCCGCGGACGAUGCGUAUGGGAAUAUCGAGGGUGACGAAGAGGAGGAUUCCGAUUAA